CCACACUCACCGAGGAUGAGCAGCGCGCUCCGAGGACGCGCCCGGCACAACCCCAGCGAGAGAAGCAGCGCGCAGCACGCCGACCACAGGCUGGGCAUGGCGACCGCGGCGGCGACUCCGGCCCGGGCCCGGCCACGCCCCCGCGUCACGUGCGCCAAAGCCCCGCCUCGUCGAGCCCAGGGGCUCCGGCUCGGCCACGCCCCCGGUCACGUGCUCCAAGGCCCCGCCCCGCUCCCCUCGGGCAGUGAUUCCUGCGGACCGGGCUGCGGUGCCGGGGCGGGGGCCCGCCCUACAGAAGCCCCCUGCGGUGCCAGCUCCAGCAUGGCCCCCCACCCCUGCUGCUGCUCCCCCGGCGCGGUGCGGCGGAGGCUGCCGCUCCUGGCCUGGCUGCCCCGGUACUCUGUGCAGUGGCUGAAGAUGGACUUCAUCGCCGGGCUGUCCGUGGGACUCACAGUCAUUCCCCAGGCGCUGGCCUAUGCUGAAGUGGCCGGACUCCCUCCCCAGUACGGCCUCUACUCCGCCUUCAUGGGAUGCUUCGUGUACGUCGUCCUGGGCACCUCGCGGGACGUGACCCUGGGCCCCACGGCCAUCAUGUCCCUGCUGGUGUCCUUCUACACCUUCCACGAGCCCGCCUACGCCGUGCUGCUGGCCUUCCUGUCCGGGUGCAUCCAGCUGGCCAUGGGCCUCCUGUGCUUGGGCUUCCUGCUGGACUUCAUCUCCUGCCCAGUCAUCAAAGGCUUUACCUCUGCUGCCGCCGUCACCAUUGGCUUCGGGCAGAUCAAGAACCUCCUGGGACUGCAGGACAUCCCCAGGCAGUUUUUCCUGCAGGUGUACCGCACCUUCCUCAGCAUUGGGGAGACCAGGGUGGGGGACGCCGUCCUGGGCCUGGCGUGCAUGCUGCUGCUGGUCGCCCUGAAGCUGAUGCGGGACCACAUGCCCCCCGUGUACCCCGGGAUGCCCCUCCGGGUGCGGCUCAGCCACGGGCUGGUGUGGACGGCCGCGACAGCCCGCAACGCCCUGGUGGUCUCCUGUGCUGCCCUGGUCGCGUACUCCUUCGAGCUGACCGGACACCAGCCUUUCGUCCUCACCGGAGAGACGGCCGAAGGGCUCCCUCCAGUGCGACUCCCUCCCUUCUGGGUGACCACUGCCAACAGGACAGUCUCCUUCGCCGAGAUGGUGCAGGACAUGGGGGCUGGGCUGGCUGUGGUGCCCCUGGUAGGCCUCCUGGAGAGCAUCGCAGUGGCCAAAGCCUUUGCCUCACAGAACAGUUACCGCAUCGACACCAACCAGGAGCUGCUGGCCAUCGGCCUCACCAACGUGCUGGGCUCCCUCGUCUCGUCCUACCCUGUCACGGGCAGCUUUGGACGGACAGCUGUGAAUGCCCAGUCGGGGGUGUGCACCCCAGCAGGGGGGCUGGUGACCGGUGUGCUAGUGCUGCUGGCGCUGGGCUGCCUGACCCCGCUCUUCUACUACAUCCCCAAGGCCGCGCUGGCCGCCGUCAUCAUCGUGGCCGUGGCCCCGCUGUUCGACACCAGGAUCUUCGGGACGCUGUGGCGCGUGAAGAGGCUGGACCUGCUGCCCCUGUGCGUGACCUUCCUGCUGUGUUUCUGGGAGGUGCAGUACGGCAUCCUGGCGGGCACCCUGGUGUCUGUGCUCAUCCUCCUGCACUCUGUGGCCCGGCCUGAGACCCAGGUGUCGGAGGAGCCUGUUCUUGUCCUGCAGCCGGCCAGCGGCCUGCACUUCCCGGCGGUCGAGGCCCUGCGGGAGGCGAUACUGAGCCGGGCCCUGAGAGCAUCCCCGCCGCGCUGCGCCAUCCUGGACUGCACCCAUGUCUGCAGCGUGGACUACACGGCCGUGCUCGGGCUUGGCGAGCUGGUGGAGGACUUCCGCAGGCGGGGCGUCCGCCUAGUCUUCCUGGGCCUGCAGGUCCCCGUGCUGCGUGUCCUGCUGUGUGCUGACUUGGAAGGGUUCCAGUACUUCUCCACCCUGGAGGAGGCAGAAAAAUUUCUGGAACAAGAGGCGGGGACCCAGCCCUACAACGGCAGUGAGGACCCCGUCCCUGAACUCAGGGCUGCCCUCCUGAAGGCCUGAUGGGGCGCUCGGGGUUUGCGGGGCGUCCUGGGAGGUUCUCUCCCGUGAGUGGAUGCUGGACACCAUCUGAUAGCCCCCGAGGCUGCACAGUGACUCCGUGGAGGGCGGGGGAGCCUGGGGGCCCCAGUGAGGACCAGGGGUGUCUGUGGGCAUGGCCUGGGCGUGGACCUUUCUGGGGAGAGCCCAGCAGGACUGACCACUGAGAACACAGGGGGCGGGGCCUCCUGGUAUGGGCGGGGCCAGGGCCUGGAGCCCGUGGGAGCUCAGGGAUUCUUGCCCUCUCCCCAGGCCCUGGCUGCGCAGGUGUGGUGGGAGGGUGGGCGUCUCGGCCACAUCUGAUCUGGACGCGGUGUCCGCUAUGUCGGUGGAGACACCAGGCUGUGCCAGGCGAGGUCGAGCCUCGGUGUGAACAUAAUUGUGGUUUUAAUGAAGUGACGGCUCUGGAGUUUUUGUACCAACCACGAAUGCUCCUUGUAAAAACACGGAAACCAUCCCCGCUGGGCUGUGGUGGCCGCCGCUGGACCCCUGUCCCCAGGGCUGCGUGUCUGUCCAUCGGAGGUGGGCCCUGCAGAGAUGGGACCAUCUCAGCCCCGGUGCUAAUUAGAAUAUCAUUAUAAUAAAGUUAGAAUAUUCUAGAAUCAGAA